AUGCGCCUCUAUCCUUUCGUACUCCUCGCCUCGACGGCCGUUCCGACCCGCGUUACUGAUGCCUCGGGGGUCUCUGGUUACUCGCAUACGAGCGACAACUCCACGGCCACGUAUCCUCCGUUCACCGAUGACUCCAACGACGACCCUGCCAAUCAGCAGCUUGUGGCACAUGGUAUUACGAACGAUGAAGAGAGGGCACCACCAGUAAAACCAUCAUAUGACGCCUUGCAACCGCUUACAAGUGGUAUUAAAAAAACGAUAAUGUUCAAGCUAUACGGCGGCAUCAGCGGGCCAAAGCUCACUUCAAGCGGUUGGGAUCAAGUGUUAAGCAGAGAUGAAGAUCUAUUACGUAUGGUGGGCACGCGUACAGCAAAAGGAGCUAUCCCAGAUGUGGACAUGCAGGAAUUCGUGCAAAUUGCCACACCACACUUAAGAAAAAUGUUGUCGAUGAAUGCGAAUAGAUUUAAGAAAAGAUUCUCAUCGCAGGACAUGUCACCAGAAGGACUCGCUGCAGAGUUAUCAAAUUACCAUUUCUUUAGGAAUUUUAGCUUUGAAAAGGUGCGUAUGUUGCAAGAAUUCCUCGGUUCAUCGGAAAAGGCAACGAAAAAGUUCUUUGACACGCUAUCGAUAGGCUUUGGCAGUGAGCUUGAAUUCGCGCGAUUUCUGUCGAUCGAGAAGAAAAGCCUUGUAAAUGGGCGUGAGGCAAAGUUGCUACAGAAAGAGCUGCUAACAUUCUGGAAAAAGACCAAGUCCGAAGAGGAAGUGCUGAAGCUUAUCGAUCUGGUGAAGCAAGGCUGGACAUACGAAACUCUGGAUACUUUGGUUCAGUUCGUUGUGCUGCGUGAUUCCUUAGAAUCGAAAGACGUCGACGCGGAAACGAUUAAGCUUAUAAUGGACAAGCUAGGAGACAAAGCUAUCACUCAGGCGAUCAACAACGGGAAGAAGAAGGGAGUUAAACCUGUCACGUCGUUUUUUGGUGUCGAUGAUAUCGAAGCCGAGAUGGCGUCGGAAGAGAACAAGCACAUCGAUCUUGCCGAAAGGCUUUGGAUACAGCUUCUUCGGGAACUGGACGCAAGAAAAAACGGCCAUAAAGAUGUAAGCAAAGACGACAGUCGAAGGCCGAGCAACGAGCUCGAUCACAGUGCAGACUUGUCGUUGGAGCUGUCGCUGAAGCCUCCGGGUACGUAA